AUGCCUCGUGAACCAACUGACAGCUGGCUGUCGAAAUUGCGACCCGGGAGACCGCUGCUCGAGGCAUGGAUCCUAUCUGCCAUCAUCGUCUCCAUCUCCAACACUCUCGCUCAAAUCAUUGAUGCGUACAAGAAUGAGAAGGCGUUUGAAUUCGAUCUCCCCCGACUCCUGCGCUUUCUCUGCCUUGACCUUAUCACCGCUCCGGUAAACUACAAAUGGCAGGAGUUGCUCGAGAAGAUGUUUCCCCGACACGCACCCGCCUCCGCCUCGUCACGCGAAGAUUACCACUCGAUUCCGCUUGAAGACCAUGAUGUUGAAAAGGACUCCAACGCGGACGAGGUGGAAGUUGAGCAGGACCCCACCACCGUUGCCGAGGGCUCAAGUCCGCGACAACAACAACAACGGGCGAAGAGGACGAAGAAGAAGAAAAAGAAGGCUUCGGCAAAGAAGAAUUGGAAGAACAUCUGGACCAAGUGGUUCAUAGACUGCAUCACACUGGGCGCCAUCCUCAACACCGUCGCUUUCCUGGUCAUCAUGGGUUUUCUGAACGGCCAGCCUGGCAAGAUCCCGCAUAAUCUGCGUACGAAGACGUUAACCAUCAUUGUCAACGGGUACAAGAUUUGGCCGUUUGCCAACAUCAUUGCGCACAGCGUGAUUUCUUUUGAAAGGCGAAUCCCGUUCUUUGCGAUGGUCGCGCUGUGCUGGAAUAUAUACUUGAGUCUGGUGGCAGAGAGACUCUAG